CCCGACCCCGACCUAGGCUAUGGCUUCCUUGGUGUCCAAGCUCGCGCGGGCAGCCUUCGCAACUCGCCCCUCUCCCUCCGCCGUUGGAGGCAUUGCUGGUGCCGGUCGCCCUGCAGCCGCGAUCCGUGUCUACUCUGCAGGAGGCCCCAUGUCAUCAGAAGAAGAAGAGAAAGCCAAGCGUAAGUCAGAAAUUUCAUGGGCAUCCAACCCAAGCCUGCUUGAAGCUCGUCUUGCAGACCCCAGCUGUAUCUGCCCUGAAGGAGGGCCCCCCGAUGCACGUCUCUAUGUUGAUGAAAGUGCACUUCAGUCAGAUGAAGCCAUGUGGGCCUUCUAUGAGCAGUGGUGCAAGAUCCAUGGCAUAUCGCGUACCCGUCGUGAGAUGGAACGCCGGUUUAAGGGAUUCAGCGAGGGUGCAAAGGCUGUGCACAGGGCUAGUGCUGUGGGUGAGCGCAAGUGGAUGAACGUAUUUGCAGAUAUGACCAAGAAGGAGGGAUCUCGUCUAAUUGGUCUCCUCGGAACCAGAAGAAAAUGAUUAUGUCACACAGCCUUGUGUGACCCUUAAGCCCGAAGUUGUGCAUCUGUAUGCCAAGACAUGUCUUAUCUAGCAGUACUAUGAGUUGCUUUGUUGUUGAACUCAUUUUAUAGUAGCUUUAAUAAAAAGCUAUAUUAACCUUAUCUGUAUGUAUGUUGGACAAAUAUAUUUCGCUUUGUUGUAUUA